GCAGGAAAUGAGGACAGGACUGAGGGGGGAGGAGUCACACCAGGAAAACAAGCAGAGGAGACACAGCCUGAUAUCCCUGUGUACAGCGACACUGACACUGUGAGCGACAUACCAUGUAAACACAGCGAGACACACCGACAUAUAGGAAGAGACCGCAAUCCGAUUCUGGUACACAAGAUGAAGCCCAUCUCUCCCCUGCAUCACCUACUCCUAUCGGCGGCGCUGAUCCUCGCCAGCUCUUCAUUGGCACACGCCCUCAUCUACGCGUAUUCGGAUAAAAAUACGACGGAGCCGCAGGCAUUCGACGACCUUCCGGCACAAUUUGGGCUCAGUUUGCCCAUUGAAGGACUGCGGGGAUAUAUCAUCCAAGCCAAUCCGGAGAAUGGCUGCGAUCCCAUCGCCCCUCCGCCCAUAAGAGACAACAAGACCGUCUUCUUUGCUCUGAUUCGCCGAUUUGACUGCAACUUCGAUAUCAAGGUUCUUAAUGCCCAGCAGUCAGGAUAUGAUGCUGCUAUUGUUUAUAAUGUGGGUUCAGACAAACUCCUGAACAUGGCAUGGAAUGACGAGCACAUCCGACUCGAGAUCUCCAUCCCCUCCGUGUUCAUCGGGGAGACCGCUGGCGGGAUCCUGCUGGAGGAAUUCUCUUACUAUGACAAUGCUCACGUCUUCCUUCUCCCGGAAUAUAACCUCAACUUUGGUCUUUAUCUCAUCCCCUUCAUCGUGGUGGUGGCGAUUAUCUUCCUGGUCAUGUCUAUCGUCAUGGUGGUCCGCUGCGUACAGCACAGGAAGAGGAUGCGCCGGAACCGCCUGUCUAAGGAUCAGCUGAAGAAGAUCCCCAUUCAUAAGUUUAAGAAAGGAGACCCAUAUGAAGUGUGCGCCAUCUGCCUUGAAGAAUACGAAGAGGGUGACAAGCUUCGCGUUCUCCCGUGUUCACAUGCAUACCACAGCAGUUGUGUGGACCCUUGGCUGACCAAGACCAAGAAGAGCUGCCCGGUUUGCAAGCACAGAGUCCUGCGCUCUGAGGAUGAUUCGGACUCCGAGGGAGGGGGGGAAGAAGCCGGCGAGGGCGGACGAGGAGACGAGAGUGACAACGAGCGCACCCCUCUGCUGCGGCCCUCCCCGACGUUUGGGAGCAUGGCCGAAUCUCCACCCGCCCAACAGGAGGAGCAAGAGGAAGCACCCACUACGGCGAUUGCCGUGUGAGACCACAAGCCACGUUUCAUGGAUUUAGACUGCCUGGUCCCUUCCAGAAACCCGUCUGUGUGCGUGCGUGUGUGUGGCUGACCCUUUGCUCUUGUGACUCACCCAUCUUCACAGUAAUCCUCUAAGCUUCGGGUAUCCAGUCCUUUCCCGUUCCUGAACUUUUUCAUUCUUGUUGGAAAAUUUGUGAUGUUUGUUCAAUUUCCCCAAAUUCUUUGAUUUUUUUUUUUUUUUAAAUAUCUCCCUACAUCCCAUUUUACUUCACUAUUACGAAAGACAUUUUGAGGGCCAAGCCCGCCCUAAACUGAUUUUUUUUUUUUUCGUUUUUUUAAUGCUGAGUAGAUACUCCUGGGAUGACCACCUUGUAGCUCACCACUAAGUCUUUGAAGGUCCCCGUUCUUCCAAGUCAUGGUAUAUCUAACCAUAGUUAGUUAUGGUCAACUGGACUUCUAGAACGUUGAGGACAUUUUGCAACAUAUUCAAGUUGCUUCCUCAUUUCUAGUGAGGUCAGCAACAUAUCCACACAGUUGGCUCCUCCACCAUUAUGGUAUCACGUCACCCAGUGUCAAUGCUGGUGGCAUGAACCACUGAAAGUCGUGGUAUAUCUAGCAGUAGUUGGUCAUGGUCAACUGGACUUCUUCUGGAAUGUUGAGACCAUUUUGAAAGCUAUCCAAAUGGCUUUCUUUUUUCCGGUAAGUCGGAAACCUAUCCACACGGUUAGCUCCUCCACCACUAUGGUACCACAUCACAUAGUGUCAGUGCUGGUGGCAUGAACCCACAAAAGGCAUAGUAAAUCUAGCAGUAGUUGGUCAUGGUCAACUGAACUUCUUCUGGAAUGUUGAGAACAUUUCGGAAAGCUUUCCAAAUGGCUUCCUCAUUUCUAAUGAUGUCAACAACAUAUAUCCAGACGGUUGGCUCCUCCACCAUUAUGGCAUCAUGUCACUGAGUGUCGAUGCUGAUGGCAUGAACCACUGAAAGUCAUGGUAUAUCUAGCAGUAGUUAGUCAUGGUCAACUGGACUUCAUCUGGAAUGUUGAGACCAUUUUGAAAGCUAUCCAAAUGGCUUCCUCAUAUCUAAUGAAGUCAGAAACAUAUCCACACUGUUGGCUCAUUCACCACCAUGGUAUCACUUAACCAAGUGUCAAUGCUGGUGGCAUGAACCACCAAAAGUCAUGGUAUAUCUGGCAGUAGUUGGUCAUGGUCAACUGGACUUCUUCUGGAAUGUUGAGAACAUUUUGAAAGCUAUGCAAAUGGCUUUUUUUUCCGGUAAAGUCAGAAACCUAUCCACACGGUUAGCUCCUCCACCACUAUGGUACCACAUCACAUAGUGUCAGUGCUGGUGGCAUGAACCACCAAAAGGCAUAGUAAAUCUAGCAGUAGUUGGUCAUGGUCAACAGAACUUCUUCUGGAAUGUUGAGAACAUUUCGGAAAGCUUUCCAAAUGGCUUCCUCAUUUUGAAUGAAGUCAGCAAUAAUAUCCAGACGGUUAGCUUCUCCACCACCAUGGCAUCAAGUCACCGUGUGUCGAUGCUGAUGGCAUGAACUGCCGAAAGUCAUGGUAUAUCUAGCAGUAGUUGGUCAUGGUCAACUGGACUUCUUCUGGAAUGUUGAGAACAUUUCGGAAAGCUUUCCAAAUGGCUUCCUUUUUUCCGGUAAAGUCGGAAACCUUUCUACACGGUUAGCUCCUCCAUCAUCAUAGUAUCACGUUGGCUCCUCCACCACUGUGGUACCACGUCACAAAGUGUCAAUGCUGGUGGCAUGAACCGCCAAAAGGCAUAGUAAAUCUAGCAGUAGUUAGUUAUGGUUAACUGGGCUUCCUCUGGAAUGCUAAGAACAUUUUUAAAGCUCCUCAUUUCUAGUGAAGUCGGGAACAUUUCCACAUGGUUAGCUUCUCGUACACCACGUAUCGCACCACUGAGUGUCAAUGUUAGUGGCAUGAACCACCCAAAGUUUUCUUACAUCCAUUGACGCCAUGUGUGAAAUCUCUGCACCCAAGUCCCCAACCCUUACUAUUUUUCGCAUCCAUGACCAGGAAUAGUCACCCCGUCCUUCCUUAAAUUGCAGAGAGAAAGGGAAGGAGCACUAAGAUUCCCGUGACAAGAAAGAUGAGGGCGAGCCAGGAACACCGACCCAAUGAUCUCAAAGUCCCCAAGUGUCAGAAUGGUUCACCUUCUUAAAUUGAUGUCUAUACAACACAGGAAAACUUUAUUUUGGGUGGGUUUUGCCUUUUUACUUUUGUUUUGUCUUGCUGCUGCUGUCAGUGGGUUCUGUUAUUAUAUGGAUAAAGAAAGAGGCACCUAUUAUCAUGGAGCUGAUAUCCGGGCCCGAUCGGUGGCCGCUGAAGGGGUGUAGGCUUCUUUUGUGGAGGGAGAUGUGUUUUGCACUCUUAAUGACCUCUGUAAUUAAUCUCUAUCUGACUAAUUAUCCUGUACAGGUUUUUAUAUAAAUUACAUUUCCUAACGAA